GAGUUCAUAGGUCCCUUUUGGUGCCUCCGGGCUGCUUUAGGUCCACUGGUGGAAACAUAUGUUUUACUUGAUCGGUUACUGUUUCUUCAAGAGCAAGGAAGUGCAGUUGAAGCAUCAUUGUUCCCUCUGUUUGAUCCUGCCAUGUCUCCAAGGAAUAUGGCACUAGUUGCUUGGAAGUUAACGGAAGAUCCUUUAGAACCAAGUCAUGAUAUGGGAAUGUACAAGAGAUUGCCCUCGAGCAGUGUGCCUUUAUCCAAUAAAUGCUAGGUCAACUUCUAGAUCGAUUCCAUGGCCUUUCACUUUCAGCUCAUGCUUGCCUGUUUCUUUGAAGUGAAAUGAUCACCAGACAAGUUGCUGUUGCCUUUUAUAUUGUCUGCAAUAUGUAUGUAGUUAUUUGGGCAAGGCUGACAAGUUGUCAGGGAUUUCUUUUUGUUGAUGUACCCCUUAUCAAAUAGAUUUGCCCAUCAUUUCUAUUACUAUACUGUAGAGUGAAACAAUCGUUAUACUAUCA